GCAUGCAAACAGACAACCUGGAGCUGAAGAAGCUGGUCUACCUGUACCUAAUGAACUAUGCCAAGAGUCAGCCAGAUAUGGCCAUUAUGGCAGUCAACAGCUUUGUCAAGGAUUGUGAAGAUCCAAAUCCCCUGAUCCGUGCUCUGGCAGUCCGUACAAUGGGGUGCAUCCGUGUGGACAAGAUCACGGAGUAUUUGUGUGAGCCUCUCCGGAAGUGUCUGAAAGAUGAAGACCCUUAUGUGCGGAAGACGGCAGCCGUCUGUGUGGCGAAACUGCAUGACAUCAAUGCCCAAAUGGUGGAGGAUCAGGGAUUCCUGGAUUCCUUACGUGACCUGAUUGCAGACUCCAAUCCUAUGGUGGUGGCUAAUGCUGUGGCAGCCUUGUCAGAGAUCAGCGAGUCGCAUCCCAACAGUAACUUGCUGGAUCUGAACCCUCAGAACAUUAACAAGCUACUGACUGCCCUGAACGAGUGCACCGAAUGGGGCCAGAUCUUCAUCUUGGACUGCCUGUCUAACUACAACCCCAAGGACGACCGCGAGGCUCAGAGCAUCUGUGAGCGGGUGACUCCCCGGCUGUCUCACGCCAACUCGGCCGUGGUGCUUUCAGCAGUGAAAGUCUUGAUGAAGUUCCUGGAGCUCUUGCCCAAGGAGUCCGACUAUUACAGUAUGCUGCUGAAGAAACUAGCCCCCCCACUCGUCACGCUGCUCUCUGGAGAGCCUGAAGUUCAGUAUGUUGCCCUGAGGAACAUCAACUUGAUUGUGCAGAAAAGGCCGGAAAUCUUGAAGCAAGAAAUCAAGGUAUUCUUUGUGAAGUACAACGACCCCAUCUACGUCAAACUGGAGAAGCUGGACAUCAUGAUCCGCCUGGCAUCCCAGGCAAACAUUGCCCAGGUCCUGGCGGAACUCAAGGAGUACGCUACCGAGGUGGAUGUUGACUUUGUCCGCAAGGCUGUGCGAGCUAUUGGCCGCUGUGCUAUCAAGGUUGAGCAAUCUGCAGAGCGCUGCGUGAGCACGCUACUCGACCUCAUCCAAACCAAAGUCAACUACGUUGUCCAAGAGGCCAUUGUUGUCAUCAGGGACAUCUUCCGCAAGUAUCCCAACAAGUAUGAGAGCAUCAUUGCCACGCUAUGCGAGAACCUCGACUCCCUGGACGAGCCAGAUGCCAGGGCUGCCAUGAUCUGGAUAGUGGGCGAAUACGCAGAGAGAAUCGACAACGCGGAUGAACUGCUGGAGAGCUUCUUGGAGGGCUUCCAUGAUGAAAGCACCCAGGUGCAGCUCACCCUGCUGACUGCAAUAGUCAAGUUGUUCUUAAAGAAACCCUCAGAAACACAGGAGCUGGUCCAGCAGGUCCUGAGCCUGGCCACGCAGGAUUCGGACAACCCAGACCUGCGGGAUCGUGGCUAUAUCUACUGGCGCCUUCUCUCCACGGACCCCGUGACUGCCAAAGAAGUGGUCUUAUCGGAAAAGCCUCUGAUUUCGGAGGAGACUGACCUGAUCGAGCCGACUCUGCUGGAUGAGCUGAUCUGCCACAUCGGGUCACUGGCGUCUGUGUAUCACAAGCCCCCCAAUGCUUUUGUGGAGGGCAGCCAUGGGAUCCACCGCAAACACUUGCCAAUUCACCAUGGAAGCACCGAUGCAGGCGACAGCCCAGUGGGACCCGCUGCCACGACAAACCUGGAGCAGCCUCAGGUUAUUCCAUCGCAGGGUGAUCUUCUGGGUGACCUUCUGAACCUUGAUCUGGGCCCCCCUGUGAACGUGCCCCAAGUAUCCUCCAUGCAGAUGGGUGCAGUGGACCUCCUGGGAGGAGGGCUGGACAGCUUGAUGGGAGAGGACACUCAAUGGCUUGGCAGUGACCUUGGCGGGGGCAUUGGAGGAAGUCCGGCAGUGGGCCAGACCUUCAUUCCAUCAUCUGUGCCUGCGACUUUUGCUCCUUCGCCCACCCCAGCGGUGGUUAGCAGUGGGCUCAACGACCUGUUUGAACUGUCUUCGGGCAUAGGCAUGGCUCCUGGGGGAUACGUGGCUCCAAAAUCAGUUUGGCUGCCUGCGGUGAAGGCUAAAGGACUGGAGAUCUCAGGAACCUUCACUCAUAGGCAGGGACACAUCUACAUGGAGAUGAACUUCACCAACAAGGCUUUGCAGCACAUGACUGACUUUGCCAUUCAGUUUAAUAAGAACAGCUUUGGAGUCAUCCCCAGCACCCCUCUGGCCAUUCACACUCCGCUGAUGCCAAACCAAAGCAUUGACGUCUCCCUUCCCCUCAACACCUUGGGGCCUGUCAUGAAAAUGGAGCCUCUCAACAAUCUGCAGGUGGCUGUGAAAAACAGCAUCGAUGUCUUCUACUUCAGCUGCCUUAUUCCUCUCAACGUGCUUUUUGUGGAGGAUGGCAAGAUGGAACGCCAGGUCUUCCUUGCCACAUGGAAGGAUAUUCCCAACGAAAACGAGCUCCAGUUCCAGAUAAAGGAGUGUCACCUCAAUGCUGACGCUGUUUCCAGUAAGCUGCAGAACAAUAACGUUUACACCAUUGCCAAGAGGAACGUGGAAGGCCAGGACAUGCUCUACCAGUCUCUGAAGCUCACCAACGGCAUCUGGAUCUUGGCUGAGCUGCGUAUUCAGCCCGGAAACCCAAAUUACACACUGUCCCUGAAGUGCCGGGCUCCUGAAGUGUCCCAGUACGUCUACCAGGUCUACGACAGCAUUUUGAAAAACUAAAGUCGGCUCCACGUCUCACCCCACAAAGGGAGGAGGGGAGGCUCCAGCUACUCCCACUAUCGGUGCAGGCAAAGAACUCUGACUGGAAGCAGCUGUAUUCAUGUGUAGGAUUUCAGUCAAGCGCACCGAGAAACCAAGGUAGCAAUUAGUAUCCACAUGCUAAUAAUAAUCGGGAACAACCGUUUGAUAUUUUUAGCGUCCAUGAAAACUUUGUAACCACUGCUUUGUCCACUCCCCCGUCCCCCGGUGCCACGGUUCUGUCGUUCUUCCUUGUGGGCGUGUCCAUCUCGUGCCAAUGUUUAGCGUUUUCUAAACCGCGCUCGGCGGAGUUGCUCUUUUGUAAUAGAUGGCUCAUUGACGACCCGAAAAAGACAAGUCUCUGUUCAUUAAAACAAGGCCAAGGCAUCCUGGAAACACAAA